AUGGCAGAGGAUCAGGUGAAGAUAUCUCUCUUCACAAAAGAGGAGGAUAAACUGCUUCAUGUCUCAGAUGCUCCCUUAUACGUGCCUUCUGCUUUGAAAAGGUACGGAUUGUCUGAGAUUGUCAACCACCUUUUGGGCAGAGAGGAUGACGAGAAGAAACCAGUUCCUUUUGAUUUCUUGAUCGACGGUCAGCUCUUGAGAACUUCUUUGAAAGAGUACCUCGUCAAAAACGGCUUGUCUAGUGAAGCCUUUUUGCGAGUAGAGUACACUCGAGCAGUGCUUCCGCCUUCGUUUUUGGCUUCCUUCAACAACGAGGACUGGGUUUCUUCAGUGGACACUAUCAACAACGACUCUGUUGCCAUGCUGUCAAUUGCCAACUCCCAUAUUAAUGGCCCCCAAAUCUUGUCUGGCUCGUACGACGGGAUCGUCAGAACAUACAAUAUGUCUGGUCAGGUGGAUAAGCAGUACGUGGGCCAUCUGGCGCCUGUGAGAGCUGUGAAGUGGAUUUACGCACACAGAGUGGUUUCUGCUGGUAACGAUCGCCAGCUUCGGUUGUGGAAAACUGCAGCAGAUCCUUCUGUGGAUGAGAUUGCCGAAGAUGAGCCCGAGUCGGCAAAGACAUUGGCCAUUCUUGAUGCCCAUAAAGCUCCAGUAGUUUCGUUGGACGUUAACCAAAAGAGUCACCGCAUUCUUUCUGCUGGCCAAGAUAACAUUGUCGGUGUGUGGUCGACAAACCCUAAGGACAUGAAUACCGUUGAGCCAUACGCAAAUAGCACAUCAUUAGCAUCUUCAGCAUCAAAAAAAAGGAGGAAAAUGGCACUCAAAGAUGUGAACGUCAAGCACAGAGCGCCCUUGUCGCUUUUGGAAGGUCACUCACAGCCGGUGGAAGGGGUGAUUUUCGACUCUACUGAUCUGACAGUCGCCUACUCUGUUUCCCAGGAUCACACAGUCAAGACGUGGGAUUUAGUCACGUCUAAGUGUGUAGACACAAGAAGCACGGGAUUCUCCUUGCUUUCUAUUGCACAGUUACCUCAGGUUAAUUUGCUAGCUACAGGCUCUUCUGCCAGACAUAUCAACCUCCACGAUCCCAGAGCACUGUCUGGAGCCACAGAACUACAAACAACCAAGCUUUUGGGACAUACUAACUUUGUUGUCAGUUUAGCAGUUUGUCCCAACAACCCUCGGAUGUUUGCGUCGGGAUCCCACGACGGAACAGUGAGAGUAUGGGACGUGAGGUCUGACCAGCCCUUGUACACUAUAAAAAGAGAGUCGGGCGCUCCACAGGGCCAGAAUAAGGUAUUUGGCGUCGCUUGGGAUAAGGAUAUUGGCAUUGUGAGUGGAGGUGAGGACAAAAAAUUGCAAAUCAACAAAGGUAACAACAUCGCCUGA